UGUGGGCUGUUUUACUUUACCUAAUAUAAAAUAAUAAAACAAAUUCCUUGCAUCUAUUUUAGAGACUUUGUGAAGGUUCAGCAUUGAAACAAAAAGAGUGAACAGUAUUACAGCUGAAGAAUUCCUUGCCCAGGUGAUAUUGUCCAAAUCAAAAGAACAGAUUUAAUACACCAUGAGACAACUUCAUAUGGGAAUACUGGAAAAUGAAGCUAAUCAUCAAAUCUUCCAGAGCUACAAUCUAAAAUUAGCUUUAAUAUACUUUUUUUUUAACCCCCCUUCAAAGCCGAUGCAGUCUGAUGGCUGACACCACUUAGGAAUAAGAAAUGCUGGUGGAGGGGAAAAAAAUUUGAGUAGAGGUAAAAAUAACAGCCCACUGGCAACGUGCUCUCUGGAAUCCGAGGAGACAGGCAGCAUCUCUUGCCCAGCAGCUUCUCCCUCAGCACUUACCUCAUCAACACUAAAAUGGCUUUUAAAUCAAAGUCCAGAGGGACAAUAAAGGAUUUCCCAGGAUUUAAGGCAAAUGAUGAUGCUGAAACUCUUCGCAAGGCAAUGAAGGGAUUGGGUACUGAUGAAGAAUCCAUCAUUAAGAUACUUAUAUCUAGAAGCAAUGCCCAACGUCAGGAAGUUGCUGUUGCCUUCAAAACCUUGUUCGGCAGGGAUCUUGUUGAUGAUCUGAAAUCAGAGCUGUCUGGUAAAUUCGAGAAACUGAUUGUGGCUCUGAUGAUCCCAGAUGCUUUGUAUGAUGCCUACGAACUCCGACAUGCAAUGAAGGGAGCGGGAACCUGUGAGAAUGUGCUCAUAGAAAUCCUUGCCUCUCGUACUACAGGUGAAGUGAAACACAUCAAACAGGUUUACCAACAAGAAUAUGGACGUGAAUUGGAAGACAGCAUCACUGGAGACACAUCUGGAUACUUCCAGAGGAUGUUGGUUGUCCUUGUACAGGCCAACAGGGAUCCUGACUCUAAAGUGAAUGAUUCUCUCGUGGAACAAGAUGCGCAGGAUUUGUUCAAAGCUGGAGAACUUAAGUGGGGCACAGAUGAAGAAAAGUUUAUUACUAUUUUGGGAACCCGCAGCAUUUCUCAUUUGAGGAAAGUGUUUGAUAAGUACAUGACUAUCUCUGGUUACCAAAUAGAAGAAAGCAUUGGCCGGGAGACAUCUGGCCACCUGGAGAAGCUGCUUCUUGCAGUCGUGAAGAGCGUUAGAAGCAUUCCCGAAUACCUUGCUGAGACUCUCUAUCAUGCCAUGAAGGGUGCUGGCACUGACGACUGUACCCUAAUUAGGGUUAUGGUUUCUAGGAGUGAGGUUGAUCUGCUUGAUAUCAGGGAGAAAUUCCGUAAGAACUGGGGCAAAUCCCUGCACGCAAUGAUUAAGGGUGACACAUCUGGAGACUACAGGAAUGCGCUCCUUCUAAUCUGUGGUGGGGACGAUGACUAGUUCAUCUGACUCUUACAGGAUGGAAAGCAGCUUUGGCCAGUGCUUUUGCCACUAUUACCGUUACUAUUGUUUCAUUAGUUAUGUUAUUCAUCCCAUUACCAAACAUGUGAGACUGUUAAGGUCCCCAUAGACGCGACGAUUCUUCUUGCCGAACGACCGAUUUUAGGGAAGUCCGACCAAUCCUUCGAAAUUAUCGUGCGGUUAGUGGUAUUCGAACGAUCGUACAUUUUACGAUUUUUCGGCCGACAUCUGUUGGGAAAUUGAUCGGCCAGGUCAAAAAAUCUUUGUCGGCCCCAGUGCAAUCUCUCUAUGUUUGCAGGGCGAAGCAGGCAGCUCCCCUUUGUUUUCCUGCCAAAUUGGUCUUUUUAGUUGAUGGUAAAUUCGUACGAUCGUUCUGAGAAGAUAUUGGUCUCACGAUCAGGAUCUGAUCUUUUAAAAAUCUCAACAUCUAUGGCCAGCUUUACAUUCCUGUUGGUCCGAAUCGUUUCACCUUUACAUUUAAACUUGUUUAUCAUUGUUAGAUAACCUGCAAUUGUUUGUAUGCUUGGCCUGUGUUAUAACAUCACAAGAAAAUAAAUGUUUUUUGUCUAAA